AUGUGGCCAAAAUGUAAUAACAAUUUUGUCUUGGCGGUAUUUUAUGAAGGUUUACCAGGAUUUAUGGGUGGAGGAGGCCCAUUUAUGAAUGCCGAUAUGAUGGAUACAUUGAGUGAUAUGUAUGGUAGUAGAAUGGCUAUGCCAGGCUUUGGAUUUGGAUCAGGACUGGGAAAUUUUCCAAAUCCUAGACCACAGUUUCCCAUGGGACAAUUUCUUCCACAAACAGGAGCCUGGGGUAAAGGUGGAGGAAAAGGUCCUCCACCAACUCAGACAUUUACUGGUAUUGGUGCUAUCGUCAAAACUAUUUCCGGUAUUGGUGGUGGUAAGGGUGGUCCUCCAGUCAAACCUAUCACUAACCCACUCUCUGGCCAAGUCAGGAACGACUUCGCGUAUUUUCCAAGGACAACGUAUUAA